CCUUUUGUCAUCCUUUCUCAACCCUCUGAACAUUCCUCAGAUGAUUUGGCUCAUUAACGUAUACUUUUGUAUAUUUGUAGGUAAUUCUGCAUUUGGCUGGGUCACUUGUUUUUUUUUUUUUUUUGUGCGUGUGUGUGUUUGUUCAGUCUCCACCAUUAGCGUGAGCAUAUAUGUUUUUUUUAACGGAAGGGGUCAGUGUUAUUUUUUUUUUCUCCUUUGUAACUCUCUGCACAGCUUAAUACAAUACCAUACACGUACAUUGGUUGUUCAGCGUGUACCUGGAUAAUGCUGACUGCCCGAUGGACAGAGCCAACUUUCUCCUCUGUGUUUUUGUUGGCCUCCAGUGGCCCUGCCUGUGUUCCUUUGAGGCCUGAUGGGCAUGGUUGCUGUGUCUCUUGUGCCCAUUAGGAGAGCCUCCUGUCCGUUUUUUGAAAUAGCCAGAGGAGAGAGGUGGUCAGGGCUCUAGCUCACACAUCUUUCUUGUUGCAUUUCCAUCACAGAGAGCCAGUGAUUAGUGCUGCAGCCUGCUCUUUGCCCAGAGUCUCUGCUCACUUUCAUCCCAGUGAGGAAAUUAUGCUGUUGGAUCUUGGUCUUAAUCCCUCGGCAGACAUCUGGACAGGCCUACUUCUUUUCCUUCCUUAAUAUCGCAUAAAUUAAAGAAAUGUUAUUAGGCUAGUGAUUCACUUUGCAUCUCUUUCUGCAUGUUUCAGUGGUAGCUCAUUGUCAUCAUGCCUCAUCAAAAUGCCCUCGGUGAGAAGAGCCAGAUUUGUAAACUUCUCUUGGCCUUUUGUAUCUUUUUUUUUGUUUUGUACUUGAAUUGUUUUUUCAGCUUUAUUGAGGUAAGAUAGCUGUAAGAUACUUAAAGUGUGCAACAUGAUGGUUUGACAUACACAUACAUUGUGAAAGGGUUCCACUCAUCAAGUUACUGUAUUCAUGGUCUUACGUAUCUUUUGUUAAAUUGAGAAUAUCUCGUCCCAGGUGUCCCUCUUCUGCCAGUAACUGGCAGUGUGGACAUGAAGAAACUGUGGGUGUGGAGAGAAAGGAUUCUCGAACUUUCGUUGUGAAAAAUGACCUUGGAAACUUGGUGUAGUGCAGAUCCCUGGCUCUCUACGUGGAGUCUGAGUAGGUGGAGGGCAGUGAUGGGACUCUGCAUUUAUUACAUGCUCCCUCGUAAUUCUGAUGUUGGUGAGCCUUGAACCCCACUUUGAGAGACAUUAUCUAGUAGCUAAAGUAUUAGGUAGCACGUUGGUUCAAAAGCUCAUCCUGACUGGCGUGAAUCUGGGUGGCCUGUGGGCAGGGCAUUGAACCUUCUGGCAGUGCCUCAGUGUUUAUGUAGGUGUUAAAUAAUGUGGCUGCGAUUAAAAGUGUGAAGGCCCCAAGUUACUGUGAGGUACAUUUUAAGGUAGCUUCAGCAUUCCAGUGGCUUCUUUGGUGACUGGGAGUUAUGUCACUGAAGUAAGUAUUUCAGCCAGGCCUCCAUCACCUUCUGGUCCUCCCUCCCUGCCAGUCUCUAAGAUCUUUGGAAACUAAGGGGAGUUUCCAAAGAGUUACUGCAUGCUAAUUCUGUUUGCAGGACACUUGUUUCAUUUUAUUUUUGAGAGAGAGAGCGUGAGCAGGGGACAGACAGAAGGGCAGAGAGGAUCCGAAGCGGGUUGCAUGCAGACAGCAGACAGCCUGACGCGGGGUUUAGACUCACAAACUGCGAGAUCAUGACUUGAGCUGAAGUCAGAUGCUCAACUGGCUGAGCCAUCCAGGCACCCCACAUUCAGCAGCUAUUUAUCCAAGGAUUCAGAGAUGAAUACGAAACAUUCUUUCCCCUCGUGUCACUCGCUUGAGAUGAGACAGACAAGAUCAACGAAAUUACAAUGUGACAUUUACAGUAACAUUUGAACAAGACAUAGGGCCCAGAGGGUCUUUUUUUUGUUAACCUAGUGCAAUGAAGGAAAGCCUUCUAGAAGAGGAGACAUUUGAGCUGGCUCACGAAAGAGACCAUCAGCUGCGGGAGAGCAGGGACUCUUGUUUGUCUGGUUUUCUUUUCUAGUGCCUCUGUCAGAGCCUGGCUCAUAGUAGGUGCUCAAUGAGCUGGGCAUUGGAGGAAGGAAUGGAAUUCUAGGCAUAGGGAACAAUAUAUGCAAAGCAUAAGAAAGCUUCACAACUAUAACCAGGAGUCAUUCGCAUAUUACUGUCAGGGGUAGAUUUCGUCUCUUUUCUCCCUUGGCAAACCAAAUAAAACUCCAGAAAUGCUCUGUCAUUUCUGCGCUGCUGAUAGCCAACUGCAGUUGCCCAUCAGUGCUCAGUCGGGGGUUCGUGAGCUAGAGCAUUGUGUUCUCUGUGCUGUCCCAAGGAGGGCCCAUGCUGUCAAGGACAGACAACAAAGAACAUUGAUGAGAGCGAGAAGGCAUUAAGUACAGGAAAUGAGAUAGCAGGCAUCCCACCUGCGACCAGAAGAUUUUUAGUGUCUCAUGCGAUGCUGUCCUGCUACCUUUCUUUUUCCUGUUCCUUCGCCCCUGCUUCCAAGUCUGUCCCCCAGCCCAGCCCAUCCAAGCUUGCCCCCUUCCAGAAUAAUCCAGGCUCCAAUGCAAUGCCUUCUAGCAUCCAAAAUGACCAUUCUGUCAGAGGCGGUGAUAGCCAUGAGGGAAUUAGGAAGAAAGCUGUUCCGGUAUGAAGAGGUUUCAGACCUAACUGGGUGUGUGUGGGGGGAGGAUUUUCUAAAAGGGCCUUGUUACCCCAGCAUGAUCUCAAAUUGGUGAGGUGUGUCCCAGUUUUUUUUUUAAGGUUUAUUUAUUCUGAGAGAGAGAGAGAGAGAGAGAGAACAAGCGGAGGAGGGACAGAGAGACACACACAGAAUCCAAAGCAGGCUCCAGGGUCCGAGCUGUCAGCACAGAGCCUGAUGUGGGGCUUGAACCCAUGAACUGUGAGGUCAUGACAUGACCGAAGUCAGACGCUUAACUGAGCCACCCAGGCGCCCUUGUCCCAUUAUUUUUGAGCACAUGGCCUUUUCCCAUGUUCAGUCCUUGCUACCCUACUCGCUGGCCCCCCAGCGUGAGCCUCACUCCAAGGUGCUUGAAGUCUUGGGGAGGACUCCUCCUCCUCUGGGCAUCAGCCUUCUCUGUUGACUCUGCUUCUUCCCGGGGAAAGAGCUGCCAGCUAAGCAGGGCAUGGCUUGCACAUCUGUCCAUGCAUGCUGUGUCAAGGGAUCUGGAUCUGAAGGGGAGGGUUUGGGGGAAUCUCAGUAACCUGUGGUUCCGUUCCCAUAGCUGCGGGAGGAAAUGCCAGAGGGAAGAAGGUAGGGUGUGUCUUGUCCUGGGCCUGGAGGUGCUCAGGGAAGGGGAUGGGUGGCAGGAGCCAGGAGGUUAGAGAGGAUUGGCCUAUCUGGCAAAAACAGUCCAGGCCGUGCCCCGUUGGGCAGGUGUUUAGGUGGGUAGGAAAGGGAGAAGCAAAGUCAUCCAGGGAAGUCAGGAAGCAUGGGCCCAUGCUCUUUCCAACCUGAUGCCUUCAGUCUCCCUGCCUCUAUCACGUAUCAGUGGUGGUAUAAACUCCGGGUGUAUUUUGCCUGCGUGUUGAAUCGCCUUUGCCAACCGACCAGCUGUGUUUGCAGAAAGCCUCUGCCUGCCUGUGCUCUGGCUGUUGCUAGCAAAGAGACAUUUCAUUCAGGUGCUGAUUAAAUAGGGCGCAGAGCCAGAUUGCACAUUAAGGCCCUUAACUAUGGCUCUGGGAGCCCUGGGUAAACACUUAUUAGAUGUUCUGAGCAGAGCUCUAGCAGAGACUGCUGGAUGUGAGGUGCUUUCUUCAGAAGACAGGUUGAGGGAAGAUGGGGGGUAAGGAGAGAGACUUCUGGAGAGAGUCUUGAUCCUCUUUUCCUAGAUUAAUCCGAGCCGAAUUGACCUGGGAGGGCUAAAGAGCCUUCCUCAUUAACAUUUACUUGCCACAUUCUUGCUGGGACCCUGGAGGUUUGGAGUUGGGUCACAGCAGGGAGCCUGACUAGGUAGGGCAGUAGAAAUGCCUCCUUUUCCAAAUGCAAGUUCAGCCUCUCAGCUUGAGUUUUUGGACCACAUUUCCCAGGUCUGCAUUUGAGCUGCUUCAUCACAUGAUAUUAGGCAUGUAACAUAACUGCUGCGAACCUCAGUUUCACUUUUCUGUAAAAUGGGAAUCAUGCCACCUACCUAAUGGGCUGUUGUGAGGAUUUAGCAAAAUAACGUACAUCGAGUAUGCAGUGGGAGUUCUGGCUCAUUAUGAGCACAUAAUAAAUGUUAGCAGUUUUUCAGAGUAGUAGUAUUACUGCGAUCUAUUUCAAGGCAGUGGUGGCACAGUGGGUCAGCACACACAGAGCACGGACCCGAGGCGGAUAAGGGCCUGGGUUCAGAUCUUACCACCAGCUGUCUAGCUCUGGGCAAGUUUCUUAACCUCUCUAAGCCUACGUUCCUACACGUGUAAAAUGGACUAAUAAGAUAGUGUCUGAUACCUAGUAAAUGUUUAAUAAGUUUUAGCUGUGAUGAUGAUGAUGGUGAUGGCAAUGGCAAUGAUGACCAUCAUCAUUGUCAUUAUGGCUGCUUGCUCCUGUGAGCUUGGGUGCCUGGUGCUGCAAUAAGACGAUAAAGCUUAGGUACAGGAAGGCAGCGUUGAGAAUCUUAUCUAAGUAAAGCUUUCCUGGCACAUAGUGGGCAAAAAUAUUGGUUCCAUGAUGCUUGGCUGUUUGAGGCCUAAGGACAGCUUGAUGGGCAAUUUGAAAAGUUACUUUGAAUCACCCAGUCCCAUCUGAAGAAUUUGGCAGAUGGCUGUCACUGGUAGGAAGCUUGGCUUUCCAGGGACCUCUGGGCCACUCUUCCAUCAAUGGGCUGGCUUCAUGGGGCAAGCUAUCUUAAGAUUGGUAGCUUAGGAAACCAGCGAGUAUAUGACCAAAGUAUGGAAGGAACGGUUUAGGGGUGGACAGAGACAGGUUUGUGGAUUUAUUUUUUUCCUUUUUCAUUAAUUCCUUUUGAUUGAGGGGAGUGUAACUUUCUCAAGUGCCGUCUGUUACCAGGGUUUGGUAAUUACUGGAGGAGGUAGGGCUGCUUCCAGAACUCCGAGGACAAAGGUAGGUUUAAAGUAGACCAAUGCCAGGGCACCUGGAUGGUUCAGUCUGUUGGGCAUCUGUCUGAUUUUGACUCAGCUCACGGUCUUGUGGUUCAGUCAGUUGGAGCCCCACAUUGGGCUCACUGCUGUCAGCCUGUCAGCACAGAGCUCGCUUCGGAUCCUCUGUCCCCCUCUCUCUGCCCCUUCCCCCACCUGCACUCUCCCCCACAUAAAUAAAUAUUAAAAGAAAACAAAGUAGACCAGUGCCUUGCUUUCCAUGUCAGUAAAUGGACAGGAAAAAAAAUUAGACAAUCCUGGUAGCUCCGUAAACCUCUCAUGUUUUCAAGACCAGCUGACUCUUAGAACUGUGCCCUGGGAGCUGAGCCGCCUUUGAGUGCUGCCUUCCAGGGCUGAUGCCUUGAUCAUAUGACUGCACAGCCCUGUAGUGGGGGGUGCCCCUCCUUGGACCUCUUCCCUUCCCUCAAUGCCAUCGGAAGGCCUUCGGGCAGAUUCCCAAGCAUUGUGGGUAAAUAGGCAGUUUCUUAGCUUUGGAGUUGCGAGAAUUGAGAAGGCUAAGGUCAUGUUUUCUGUAAUAAUCCUGGUUCCCCAGCUGGAGCUGGCUUGGAGGGCCUUUCUAAAACAAACAGCAGCCCAAAGAAAUAGCAGCUCUUAGAAAUUAGUUGUGGAAGGUCACCCGUUCCAAGACCUAGGGAGAUUUAACAAAGGGUCCUCUUCAUAUGACCACUUGCUCCCUGUCCAUUUGCAUUUGUUAAGAGUUUCCUUUUUUAAGGGUGUGUGUGUGUGUGUGUGUGUGUGUGUGUGCCUGCCUGUCACUGCCCUUUAUUCUCUGUGCCCUGCAGGAAUGUUGCUGAGGGUCAUGUGCAUAAGUGCCUUAUUAUCUUCAGCACUUUUACACUUACUCCCUUGGGCUGCAGCAGCUGCCUACAGCUCCCAGUGGGCAUUUCUCUCUACUUCCGGGGCUCCCAGGCCCACAGGGAGCAGUGGGGCACUCCCUUGGGAUCGCCAUUCCACUGCACAGCACCUCACUGGACUUUCCAGUUCAGCCCUCCUCAGAAUAGCUGUGCAAGCUUAGCACCAAGCCACGGUCAUGUUUCUGUGUUUGCUUGUGAGGUUUCUGGCCAGUGAGGGAAGAGAACAGAUUGACGCCACCCCCCCCUUCCCAUCAGGGCCUUGUGGCUGUUCUCCCUGGGUGGAGCUCUCGGGGGUUGGGGAGUGUUGCUGUCUUGGACACAGGAGGUCAGGGGUGACCUUUAGGCCAAGGCUGCAUUGGAUUUGUGGAGAAGAAUGUGAAGCCUGCCGCGUGGCAGGGGCUCCUGACUGCUGCGGAGUGUUUGGCCAUACCUCACAGCCGGUAGUGCUGUGUUUGCUCAGAUGGACACACGUGGAAACCAGGCUGGGAUCAUCUUCCCAAGUUUCUAACUCUCUGCUUUGGGGCUGCUCGGAAAAACAAUUGGCAAAGUACACUGUGGUCCGCACCUGUUGUUGCUUCCCGCUGCCCCCCGCCCCACCCUUUGCCAUGGUCAGUUCUCAGUGAACUGAGGAUUAACUCUUGGCCCCUCCCACUUACAUUUUCUUUUUCCCUUCCCCUUGGGCUUGGGGCCUCGCUUUCCAGUCAUAACUGUCCAUCACCGUUGAGGACAGUUGGUGCCUACUGCUCCUGUAGGGCUCCCCCACCCCCCACCCCUGACCUUUUAAACACUAUAAACCUGGAACAGAGUCAGGUAGGCAAGAGAGUCAAAUUUAGGAGAAAGAUAGGACUAGAAUUUUUGGUUAUCUCUGUACACUCUCUGAAAGUUAGUAGCAGUAAUAACACUUGUAACAUUUUUGAGCAUGUUAUCCCCCAGGCUAAGUGCUAGAUAUACUAGCCACCCAUAUAUUACCUAAUUUUGCCAGCCUUCGACAAAGAUCAUUUUUGUAUUAUCUAACUCUUUCUUUCCCUCCAUUCUGACCGAUUUCCCCUUUGGUUGACUAAAGAUACCGUAUGACGUAUUCUAGCAAAACUUCCUUGGGUUUGGCAGAAUGGCAGAGCGAUGCCAAGGCAGCUGAAAGAAACCUUGGAGACCAUCCAGCUCACCUCCUUCCUCAUUUUUCCGGAUGAGCAAACUGGGAUCCAGAGAGGUGAAGCGAUUUGUACAAAGGCACACAGCUAAACAGAAGCAGAGCAAAGUCUCCUGACUCCGGUUUACAGUCUGCCUCUCAUGCCACCCAUGGCCUCCUUCCACCCCUAACCAUUCAGCAUGAAAGGAGCCAGACUUUUGUUCUUGUCCACUAGUAGAGAAACAGAAAUCUUGGGUUGUUUGAGCAGGACUCCGAAACUUUGUCCAGCAGAGGUGAGACAAAGGCCAAGGAGGAAAAAGGUCAGAAUUAUCUGUCCACUCAGUGGGAGAGGUCUGUUUAUCUUGGUAAACAAUGAAGAGUAAUAGAGUGCUGGAUUAAAUGUUAGCCAGCCAUGGGCCUUGGUUCUAGAAUUCAUUAUGCAACUGGAUGACAGAACCUGGUAGUUGUGUCUAGGCAGGUAGCCUCUCUGUGCUUCAGUGUUCUUACGAUAAUACCUACAGUGUGCGGGCUCUGGAGCCAGACUGGCCAGGUUCAGAUCCCAGCUCUGUUGCUUUCCAGCUGUGUAGCCUCGGGCAGGUUCAUUGACAUUUCUGAGACUGUUUUUCCCCCCUCUGUAAAGUAGGGAGAAUAGUAUCUACCUUGUGGGGUUCUUGGGAGAAUUAAAUGCAUGGCUACCUGUAAAGUAUUUGGAGCAGUAUCUGCUGUGUAGCAGGAGCUUAGGAAGUAUGAGUAAUGGCUGUUAUCAUUGUAAGAUAGGGAUGAUCUCUGCCCUUCCUAAUUCAUAGGGAAUCAAAUGAAAUAAGGUAUGUGGAAUGAAAGCGCUGGCUCAAUGGGAAGAAUUCUCUUUUGAGAGCAUGAACAUUCAAAGGCUUAUUCUCAUAUUGUGUCUAGGAUCAGAUACUGAUGGAUAGUUCCUUGGUGAUCUGGUAGAUCUGUAUUUUUUUAAUUGAAUGCAUUAAUUUAAUAGAAUAAUUCAAUAAUCAAGAUGAAUCAACGGAAAUGGUUUGACAGACAAGACAUGUUUCAUCAUCGUUUCCUUGAUACAUACAGUCAAUCAUGCCACAUUUACAGUGGCUUCAAACAUUUCUGGUAGAUUUGUAUUUUAUAUAAACGCUGAGCCCAUUGAGCGAUGUGAAUUGUGCUUUUUCCUUCCCAGUGUACUCAAGGGCACUUGAGAUUCCUGCAUCUCAAGUAAAGUGGCUCGAGGAUUCGAAAUGAAAAGCAAUUAUACUCUUCCCUCAAUGCCCCUAUCUUAGUUGAUGGCACUGAAGUCCAUCUAGUGACCCACGUUAAAUCCUUGGAAACCUUGACACAUUUCCAUUCCUCCCUCUUCCUCCCUUCCAUCAUCAUAGUCUCUGAGUCAUCUUGAUUCUGUCUUUUCAUUAUCUCUUCCAUCUGUCUCUUCCUCCUUUGAUUCCUCUGCCCUAAUUCAUCCAAUUGUUUAUCUUGAUCACCAUCACCAUCUGGCUUAUUAUAGCAGCCUCCCAACUGAUUCAUACUCUGUUCAUCCUGUACACUGCUGCCCGAAUGAUACGAGUAGCACACAUGUUGGCUCAUGCCAUUCCCUUGCUCAAAAGCCUUCGAGAGCUCCCUAUUACCUUAUACCUUAUGCAUAUACCUAAUGGUGUCCUGAGCUGAUUUUGCUGCUUGGUCAUAGGCUGCUUUUCCAAUGAGUCUCCAUGUAGGUCCAAACUCUUUUUUAGCACAGCAUUUUAGGCAGCUGCUUUCAAUUAUUUGAAUUUGGCACAUAGACUCGGGCUGGCAAAUAGAUAAACUCUUUAGAGAAAGCGUAAAAACUCCAUGCUGAUAGAAUUCAGUGUCUUCUAUGGUCUUUCUUUCCAGCCAUAGCUUCUAGGACAUUCUUAUUCCAUGUAUGCACCACACACUCGCAUGCUUCUCCGAGUUUACACUCUGUUCAUGCCAUACCCUCAGCCAGAAAUAUUCUUUCUUUCCUUUUCCUGUUGAAAUGCUCAUCACUCAAGGCUCAGCCUAAACACUGCCUCUUGCGGAGCUUUCGUCAAACCUACACCCCAGACUUAGCCACUCUUGUCCAUUUUAGCAUUUUAUUCUGCCCUUUAUUACAUAAUUGUUUAUGUGUCUUCCCCACUCCUUAGAGUGUAUGUUCCCUGAAUGUAAAGCCUGUGCUUCUGGGAAUUUCUCUGUCCCCCACAACAUCUAGUGCCUACUAGACUCCUAAUUUGGACAAAUCCCUUUGUUUUGCAGAUGGGGGAACUGAGGCUUAGAGGGAAAGGGUCAUAAGUUUAUUCUGGGACUUGUUCAGUUUCAGGUGUUUGAGACAUGGAGGCUGGAAUGUCCAGCAGGCAGUUGAGCUGUGGUUAGGGCUAGAAAUGUUGAGUUAAGAGGCUGUCUAGGGAAGAUAAAAGAGAAGGCGAGAAUAUCAUGCCCAUUCGGAAGGGAAGGAAGCAAAGUGUUCUGUGGAAUGCCUACUUUGGGGGGCAGAAAGAAGACUCGGCCAGGCAGUCAUCCAGGAAGUGGGAGGUGUGUCAGGAAGCAGGAGCAGUCCCUGAUGCCAUGUGAUGCAAAGAGGUGGAACCCCAGGAAGCCAGGGCAGUUGGAAUUGAUCUUUCUCUUGGCCUGCCCUCCGUGUCCUGGAGCUAUCGUCGUGUUCAAGCUCCAGAUGCACAUGUUGAAUGGAGCGCUUCUGGCCCUGGUGUUUCCUGUGGUAAAUACCCGGCUGCUCCCCUUUGAAUUGGAGAUUUACUACAUUCAGCAUGUUAUGCUCUACGUGGUGCCCAUCUACCUGCUUUGGAAAGGAGACUAUAGGGUCCAGUUCAUUUGGUCGAAUGCCUGGAUGGAAGGGAAACCGGACUUGGGCCUGUGCUCAGUGGCUGAGAAUAGGAAUCCCAUAUCCAUGGCCAUCGUGGGAUCAUGCCACCCAGGGCUGUAUCUCCUGGGCAGUGAAGGCUUGCAGAAGCUGGAAAUCAAGGCGUCUCAUUUAGAGAGGGCCCAAAGGUGCUUACACCCCAGAGCCCCUCAGCAGUUUCCGGUGGGCCCUUCUCUCAACUGGCCUCAUGUUCUUUUACCACUUCAGCGUCUUGCAGAUCUUGGGCCUGGUCACCGAAGUGAAUUUGAACAACAUGCUGUGUCCGGCCAUCUCAGACCCAUUCUACGGCCCCUGGUAUCGCAUCUGGGCCUCGGGACACCAGACUCUCAUGACCAUGACCCACGGGAAGCUGGUCAUCCUGUUCUCAUACAUGGCUGGGCCCUUGUGUAAAUAUCUGCUGGAUUUGCUCCGGCUUCCAGCCAAGAAAAUAGACUGAAGGUGCUUGUCUUUUUUUUUUUUUUUUUUUUUUUUUUUUCCUCCCUGAGGAAGCAAGUCCUGACUUGACUUGGAGAACACCCAGUUCUUGAUGAAAUCAUGGGGAGAGGGCAGUAGGAUGUCUGGUGUAUUUCUCUUUCCCUUGUCUCUGUCCCUUUCUUCCACACUCUUCCCUCCCCAGCUCUUCCGCCCAGGACAUCUCCUGGGCCUGAGGCAUCAUGCUGAGGGUAGGAUCCUUUCUCCUCCCCUUUGGCUCUUUCUCUCUGCUCCUAGUGGCCUUACGUGGGCGAAAGUAGUCAGUGGCUUUCACUCUGCUUGUUGGUGCUUUCAUGACAGCUGGUUGAGGGGACGGGGACCAACAAGCAGUAGUUCUUUUGUUGGCAUUGAGGUGAUGAGAUUGGGUUGGGUUUCAUUUCUCCACUGCCAGGGACCUCCAGGCUUACGCCAGGGUCCCCUUUUGUCUCCAGCACAGCCCCCACCAUGAUGGGACCGAGGCCUUGUUUCUAUACCAGCGGCAUGCCAAGAGCCAAGGGAUUUCCCCACUCAUGGCCAAAAUAGAACCUGCCAGAGUCUUCCCAUUGGUGUCCCAUGACUCAAAGCAAGCAGCCAACUAGCCACUCCCUCCAAGAUGCUGCCCUGCGGUGGAAGGUGGGGGCACUACCCGACACCAAGGCUAGAUUCUUCUGGGGGUAGAGAGCUGUUGCAGUGGCAAAAUCCAAAGUGAACAAGUUUGAAGUCUCCACAGCUCCUACUUGGUAGGACCCUGGGUCCAUCCUGCCUGAGAGAGCUGAGAAGUGACCCACAUCCCAGUGAGAAGUCAGCAUAGAAAUUAAUCAACAGAAGUGGUAACUUGAGAAAACUGUGAUUUGAAUCAUAUGCUCCAUUUUAGUUCAAUGUUGAUAACAGAUGCCCUUUUAAUCUUGAGUGCCCCUUAAAUGUUUCUCUCUCUCUCUCUCUUCUUUUUAAAAGGCAGCUUCAGGGAAGAGUGAGCUAGAGUUGGUUGGGGUUUAUUUUAUUAUUAUUAUUAUUAUUAUUAUUAUUAUUUUUUGUUUUUGUCAGUUUGUUUGCUUCUUUGUUUUUGGAUGUUUGAGUUCAGAGAAUCCUUGCAUCAGGGCCUGUCUCUGCGGGGGCUCCUGUCCAUCCGUUUCGUGCUUUUUACGGGCUAUGUCAGCAUUCUGGGUUUGGAAAGAUACAGAUCCUGCCAGUGUUGUUUCCCGAGGGCCAGGGGUCAUCACUGUAGCCAGAUUCAGUGCUGAAUUGUUUAGCAUCGGGUGGGCAUCACACACUCCCCUACUCCCCACCCAGCCCACCCUCGAAGCCCCUGUGUAGGUUGGAAGGGAGGUGCCAAGCAAUCAGAUCCCCAUAGGUACAGGUUCAAGUGCUUCAGAAGGAACACCUUCUGUUGAAAGACUUGAACUCAGUCACACAUGGACUUGAAGGAGGGAGCCAGUGCCUGGGCAUUUGCUGACUCCUUGUGGGCUUCAACUAAGAACAGGUUUGCUUCAGAACAGUAAAAACUUGUUCAGUGACUUCCUCUGAUGGCCCCCGUUCUCCUCUCCCACUGUGGGCAACUGGGAGGCUUUGGGCUGGGGUCCCGUAUUUCAGCUGUUACCAUAUCAGACCCAGGUUGAGCGUCAGUGUCUCAGUGGUCGAUUUUAGCAAAUGGACCUAAGGAAGGCAGCAGAGUGCAGAAGAGUCUCUUUGAGCAUGGUGAGGCCCCAGAAGCCACACCCGGGAGGGACUGCCCUUCUCCAGUGGCCUUGCUAGCCUGGAGGCCAUCAAUUCCCAGGGUGUGGGGGAGCUAGAGAGAGCACACCUAGUACUCUCACUCCCCUUGAGCUCCUCAUGACGCACAGCCUUCAUUUUCUGCUGUCUUGGAGGGUCCAGCCAAGUCUUUUUAGUGACUCUCACCCUGGGGUCGUCCUCUGGAAGGGGGCCCCUCUGGAGCAGCUAGGCUCACCCUGCCCACUGUCAAACUGCUGCGUGUAGGAAUGGCUGACGAGGAACUGUGCGAGGCCUCGGUGCCCCUUGGCUCGUCACAAAAGGGAAGGUUGGAAGGAGGUCACGGGAGGAGCCCCUGGGGGCAUGUCCUGUCCCCUCCCAGAACAAGGAAUCUCUGCAGGCAGAUGGUCUGUGCUGCAGCUGGGGGCCUGCAGCCUGGGUGUGGCAGACACUCCUCUUUGGAAUGCCACCGUGGCGCGGCGAGUCGGCACUCCCUCUCUUCCUCUCCGUCUCAGUGGCAUGGCAUAGGUCGCCCGUCAGCCCGGCCUUCCCUGCGUCGACAUGCCUUUGCCCUGGCUCCAGCUCAGUGCCCCAUUCGGGCUGAUAUUCUUUUGCUGGGAAGGAAAGAAGAAAGUGACAUCCCGGAGGCAGCUACAUGUGUCCAGGGAAGGGGGAUGUUGGAGGGGAGGUGCGGGACUUCCAGGGGGCCAGGCCAGCUCAGAAAAAUAUAGGCAGAAGGAAUAGAGAGUGAGCCCUGUCCACAGGCUGCGCGCGGCAUCGUGGCUUGUGUGGGAGGUGCUGGGGCGCUGCAAGUACCUGAUGUGGUCUUGUAGCUCACUCUUAACCUCGGGCCCAGCCCAUGGUGAGAGGUGACCUGGGCACCCCUACAACAGCCUGCCUUGGAAGGUGGCCCCUGUGCCAGUGGGCCCGGGGGCUUCCCAGCUCCUGCCGAGGGCUUUCCUGGCAGGUGCCAAGGAGGUUCCCCAGCCACCUUGGCCAAGUUUCCAUAUGCCAUUUGCCAGCGUGCGGGAGCUUGCUGCAUGCGCGCGCGUGUGGGUAUCUGAGAGAGUGUUCGUGGAAGUGGACAGUUUCUUCUCAAACAGCCCCAGGAAGCGAAAGGAGGGCCUUCCCAGCCCCAGGUAGUCUUGGCCAAGGAUCUGGGCCAAUGAUAAGAGUCCGCUUAGCUGGCCAACAUUGUGGCAUCAGCUCAGAAUAGAAGAGAUGGUCACGCCUGCUUGCAGCCCCCUCCCUCUUCCUAGGUGUACACAUUCCAAUGUCCUCUCGCAGGGUGGUCUGGGGUUCAGUGGGAUGGUCAGCUUCCGUCGCUGUCUGGUACCUCCAGGCUAGCUACCAGAUCACCCCAUUUUGCUGUAGCCUCGCUCAGGGUUUUGCCAUUUGUGCUUGUGUUAUGUGAAGUGGGCACAGCUCCCCACCUGUAGCAAGUUGUCGGUCUGUCUCUGCGCCCCGGGGCCGGGUGGGGCCCCGGGGCUGAGCUCAGUGGCUCAGGGGUAACAGAAAGCCCUUGAUCUCCCCCCUCCCUCGGCCAGAAGGACUUCCCUGGGUUUGUAGGCGUUGAUCCAGAGUCAUAUGUCCUCUCUGGGAGAUUGACGGGGAAGCCGGGGAGGAAUGACAGUACAGGCCAAGAUGCUGGUGCUGGUUUGCAUAGGGAGGGUGUCCCUCCGGCCCUGGCAGGAUCGGAGGCAGGCCCCAGCCUGGGGAAGGUCUUCCCACCACAGGGCCUGCCCUGCCCUGCCCUCUCUGAGGGGGUUAGAGUCCACGAGACGGAGUGAGCCGCCUUCUUCUGUAUAUAGAGCGAGCCAGUACUGUGCUCAGGAAAACCUAGUCACUUGUCGCUGCUCUGUCUGUGACGUUUUCGUACACUGGUUUGCUACUCCGGGCACGAAACAAAAACAAAACAAAGUCGUUUCAAGCAACACUGUCGUUUUGGAAACUGGCUUUUCUUUUGGUGUGCAUUUUGUAUUCUAUUCUAAGGAAUUCUUCAUUUAUCUUGGUGUUAUUGUGGUGGAGAGAAUAAGAUAGUCUCAUUUUUGCCAGGAAAUGGGCACAUGCCUCUGUCCCCGCCCCCAUCCUUCCCCAUUUGCUGUGCACUGGGCAGAUCCCUCCUGUCACGUCCCAUCCCCCCACUCCCCCACUGGCUCCCUUUAGAACCAGUCUUUGUGAGCCUCCUAGACAGCAGCAGGGGGAGUGCCCUUGCCAGGCUGGUUCUUAGGUGGCCCCGUGCCCCCACCAGUUUUCUCACCUCCCCGGGGCAUCUUGUAAUGUAUUUUCCUCUGUUUUGUAAAACCUUCUGAUUGUGCCGAAAUGGUUUCUGCAGUCACCUUUAGAAAUAACUGGUCAUUCAUUUGUGUGCUUAGCAUUCUGAACUUUCAGUCUUAGCUUUUUCUGUUGUUGAAGAUCCCUGAGCGGUCCCCUCACCAUGGGACUUUACUGUUACAAUGUUUUCUUCAUUUACUCUGAUUAAAAGAUUUAUGAGAA